AGUAAAAUCAAGUUUUAAGAGCAGCGAUAUAGUAAGUAAGCAACACAAGUCGUUUGACAUGCUGAAUAAAAGCGUCAUCAUAUCACAUUAUACCAUCAAGCUAUGAUGUUCGUGAUGGCACACCAUGUGAUGCAUUAACCAUUAUCAAGAAGGUUGCGCAGGUUGCUCAAACUUGCUGAGAUCACAUAAUACAACACCAGCUGUAAUGAGCUACUGAUAACAACCUCAUUUCCCCUUCCCAGGAGACACAUUAAGGGUAAAGGACUCAGAGAGGCACAGUCCACCGAGACAGAGCAGAUUGGAUGAGAAAGGACCAGUAAAGUCUACAAGAAGCCAUCAUGAAGCUGAAGUUACCAAACCCACAUCUAGAUGACCGGAUCCCUUCUCAUGGGGACUUGGAGAGGAUGGAGAAGGAGGAGGCAGGGGACAGGCCCAAAUGGGACAACAAAGCCCAGUAUCUGCUCACCUGUGUGGGCUUCUGUGUGGGUCUUGGCAAUGUCUGGAGGUUCCCUUACCUGUGUCAAAGCCAUGGAGGAGGAGCGUUUAUGAUCCCAUUCCUUAUCCUGGUGGUCCUGGAGGGAAUCCCACUGCUGCACCUGGAGUUUGCAAUCGGUCAGCGCCUGAGGAAGGGUAGUGUGGGAGUGUGGAGCUCAAUCAAUCCGCACCUGAUGGGAGUUGGUAUUGCUUCCAUGUUUGUUUCAUUUUUGGUGGGCAUGUACUACAACACCAUCAUGGCUUGGAUCAUGUGGUAUCUGUUCAACUCCUUUCAGGAUCCUCUGCCUUGGAGCCAAUGUCCUCUCAAUGCUAAUAAGACAGGUCUAGUGGAGGAGUGUGCUCGGAGCAGCACUGUUGACUACUUCUGGUACAGAGAGACUCUGAAUACUUCCACAGCUAUUGAUGAUUCAGGAGAUAUGCAGUGGUGGAUUGUGCUUUGCCUGGUAGCUGCCUGGACUCUGCUCUAUGUCUGUUGCAUCCGGGGCAUUGAGACCACUGGAAAGGCUGUGUACAUCACAUCCACUCUGCCUUACCUGGUCCUCACUAUCUUCCUCAUUAGAGGACUGACUCUGAAAGGCUCUGUAGAAGGAAUCAAGUACCUCUUCACACCAGAUGUCAAUGAGUUAAUGAAUCCAACAACCUGGUUGGAUGCAGGUGCUCAAGUUUUCUACUCCUUCUCCUUGGCUUUUGGAGGUCUCAUCUCUUUCUCCAGUUACAACUCUAUUCACAACAACUGUGAGCAGGAUGCUGUUCUCAUUGCUAUCAUCAAUGGCUGCACCUCAGUAUACUCUGCAACGGUUAUCUACUCCAUCAUUGGCUUUAGGGCCACACAAAAAUUUGAUGACUGCACGGGAGACAACAUCUUGAAGCUGAUGAACGCCUUCAACUAUCCUGAAAACAACAUCACAGAAAGCAACUAUAAUGAAGUUCUGACCCACCUCAACCAAACAAAUCCAGAUAUCAUACAAGAAUUGCAACUACAGACCUGUGACAUGCAGGUUUUACUCAGUCAGGGAGUCGAGGGAACAGGUCUGGCCUUCAUCGUGUUCACAGAAGCAAUCAUCAAGAUGCCUAUUUCUCCCCUCUGGGCUGUCCUUUUCUUUGUCAUGCUCUUCUGCCUCGGCCUCUCGACUAUGUUUGGCAACAUUGAGGGAGUGGUGGUUCCUUUGCAGGACCUCAAACUGUUGCCCCGAACUUGGCCCAAAGAAGUUUUCUGUGGCAUUACUUGCUUAAUCUCUUUGGGUUUGGGGCUCAUAUUUUCCCUGCGCUCUGGAAACUACUGGCUAGCUCUUUUUGACAACUUUGCUGGCUCUAUUCCCCUUCUGAUCAUUGGAUUUUGUGAAAUGAUCUCUGUAAUCUACAUCUAUGGCAUAGAUAGGUUUAACAAGGACAUUGAAUUUAUGAUCGGCCACAAGCCCAAUAUUUUCUGGCAGGUGACAUGGAGGGUGGUUAGUCCACUCAUUAUGGUUGUCAUCUUGGUUUUCUACUUUGUAACCCAAAUCACCAAGAGUCUCACCUAUUUGGUCUGGGACCAGAAUGCGGAGAGCUUCCCCACCCUCGAAGCCCGUCCAUUCCCUCCCUGGAUCUAUGUCAUCAUCUUCAUCCUGGCUGGAGUUCCCAGUUUAUCCAUCCCACUGUUCGCCCUCUUCAAAUUCAUUCACAGUAAAUGCUGCAAGCAGAAGGACUACAGUGACAAUACAGUGGACACUAUCUCUGCCAAAAUCCAAAUGAAUGACAAAAUGAAGUUUUAGAUAGCGUUUUCUUUAAAUAGUUAAUGAAUGCGGGCUUUUUUAUUGUUGUUUGUAUAUUAUGACAUGACUUAUUCGUUCAUCAUGCCCUGUACAGUGACCACACAGGUGACUACUGAUUUUUAUCUGUAAAAAAGUUGAAAAAAAAAAGGAAAUAUUUUCUGUGAAAUAAUGCUGUUUCGGUGAGAGGGUAAUUGUUAUUGCUUUUUGGACUAUUGUAAUAUUAGUUGGCUGCUGUGUCAUUAUUUUUUACAUUUAAGAGUAUGUUCUAUCAAAGACAAUUUUGGGAAAUGCUCUUAUUUGCUUUCUUGUGGAGCGUUUGAUGAGAAGAUUGAUAGUACUCUAAAGUCUGUGCUCUCAAUAUGAAGCUACAGCCAGCGGUUAGCUGCUAGCUAUGUUUAAAGGUAACAAAAUCCACCUACCAGCUAACACGU